AUGUAUGAAAUGACCAUCUUGCCCCUGCCCCUCUCUCUCCCGAGCGCUUCCUCUCUCCCCUGCAACCCUCGCGCCGCCCCGCCUCCAGGCCGAUCGCCGCCCAAGCAGUGCGCUCCCGCUCGAGCGCCUCAGCUGGAUCCGCUCGCGCCCCGCCCGAGCAGUGCGCUUCCGCCGGCCGAGGCAGCCCUGGCGCGUGCCCCCGCGGGCGCAGGGCAGGGCCUGCGCGUGGCCCCGUGGUCGCAGGUCGCCGGCGCGUGGCCGAGGUCGGCCUCUCCGGGCGCAGGCCGUCGCCGCGGGGCGGAGGCCGGCCCCUCCGCGUGCCCCUGCGGGCGCAGGGCACCCCUGCGGGCCCAAGGCGCAGCCGGCACCUGCGCAGUGUGCCCCCGCGGGCCCAGGCAGCUGCCACCGCGGGCGUCGGAGCUCAAGGAUGUCGGCGUGACGUUCAGCGCCAAGAAGUCGCCCCGGAGCCUUGUGGACAUGACCUUCGACCGGCGCGGCGGCGUGCUGGAGAUCCCGACGGUGGAGAGCUACAGAAACCACGCCAUCUUCGCGAACCUGCUGGCGUACGAGCAGUGCCGGGGGCGGUGGGAGCUGCAGCGAUUGGUGAGCUACGUGCUGCUGAUGGCGUUGGUGGUGAACGCGCGGCGCGACGUGGUGCGGGGGUGUUCGUGA